ACAAGCUAUGGUUGCAACAUGGCUGCCAGCCUGCCAGAAUAAAUGAAGGUGAAAGUUUAAUUUCUGGCACGAGGCAAUGAUGUAAAAGGAAAAGAAGCCUUUAUUCAUUGAAAUUCACACAAUGGAUCCUUUAGGGGCAAUUUCUCAGGUAGUAGAAGGCUAUAGUUUACCGUCAUGGAACGAUUUGAUACCACCAAGAUAUCCAGUACCGUCUGACAUUCGACCCUCGAAGUUUCCAGUACGAAAAGACUUAAAUAAGAAGGUCUCUUUAUGGGACGGUGAUAUCACCAAUCUUGGAGUCGAUGCAAUCGUUAACCCUACUAACGAAACUUUGGAUGAUAAAAAUCCAGUCAGCAAUAGGAUACACAGUGUUGCUGGUCCAGAACUUAUAAGUGUUUGCAAGAAAGAGCUUAAAGUUUGUAGAACUGGUGAAGCUAAAGUUACAGAAGGUCUGAAAUUGCCAGCAAGAUAUGUUAUCCACACAGUUGGCCCAAGGUACAAUGUGAAAUACCAAACAGCGGCAGACAGUGCAUUGUAUUUUUGCUACAGAAACAGCAUGUUUAUUGUGAGAGAGUACAAGCUGGUUUCAAUUGGAUUCCCCAUUGUGUAUUUGUCUAAACGUGGCUUCCCACCUGAACCUGGUGCCCAUCUUGCUAUCCGUACAAUUCGAAGAUUUCUGGAGCACUAUGGGGACACCAUAGAACGAGUUGUGUUUGUUGUGGGUGGUACAAAUGAGGACAUCUACAGAAAGGUGAUGGCGCUUUAUUUUCCAAGAAAUGAAGCCGAAGAACAGUUUUGUAUUGGCGAACUUCCAGAAAAUAUAGGAAAUGAAAUGGGUGAACCUGUUAUCCAAGAGAGGGAAAUAAGAAUUUCAGAUAAACCUUUAAAUAAAUCAAGAGUGAGCGACGAGGAUGUCAGUUCAAUUCGUGACACAGACGAUAACAUCAUAGAAAGUGAAAACGUGGGUCGACACGCGUUUGCUCACAUGAACGGCGACCACGAUAUUAUCUCGCACGAAAGAUUGCAAGGAAAAUCUCAGGAGGAAAUGAGAAUUUAUGAGCAGCAGAAAGUUUAUGCCCGUUGGGUGAAGAGAGGCAAAAGCCAGGAUUUUUCUGAUCUGAAAAAGCUUCGAAUGAUAUAUCACUGUGGCCAUGAUAUCAUCGGCCGGCCAGUUAUUCUCAUAAUUGGGAAACGUUUUUCGGAUACAACAAUUGAUUCAGAUAGACUUGUGGGAUAUGCUUGUGGCAUCCUGGACAGAUUAGUCAACGAAGAAUAUAACCUGAUUUACUUCGACACAAUGUGCCUAGCUGAAAACCAUCCUUCAACGAGUUUUAUUAAAUAUGUUUAUAGAAUGAUAGAUAAUAAAUACGUUAAGAAUCUAAAAAGUUUACAUAUAGUUCACCCAACGUUUCGUUCAAAAUUUAUGACCUGGUGGUUCACGACGUUCUCGGCUCCGGAGGUGAAAGACAAAGUUCAUUUCCUCAAUGGCGUGGAGUUUCUUUACGACUUUAUCAGUCCCGAGCAGUUGGAUAUUCCUCAGUUUAUUUUGGACUGUGAUGGCAAGAUGAAUGGGGUCAAUUACCACACGGACUGGAAACCGCAGGCCAACACGGAUCUGUAGCGGGCUCAACAAACACGGUAUCACAAUUAAAAUAUUUUACUGACAUCCCCGAUAAUUAUUUUUUACAUAAAUGGGAGUUAAUAUAAAGAAUAAAGGCGGACGCUUUCGAGUUGUCUUUAUUAAAGAGAUGACCGUGCGAAUUUUGUUGGUUGAGGACGUUUCAUGUAAUUCGAGGCGUCGGGGCAGUGAUUACAUUUAAAAAUACUAAAUAGGUUAAUGUGACGGGCCUUUUAACGCUCGGGAAAAAACAGAAAUGAUUCGCGGACCGAACUAAUAAGGGUCACAGAAACCCUUUGUAUACAAUAAUAUUACGAAUUCGCGCGGUGCAAUAAUAUACCAUAGUCUCAUCGAAGACAAUUCUAAUUUUAGGUCUAAUGUCAGUUUAUUUGGGGCAAAACUCUUUUUAUGAUACAAUUAAAUAUUAGUUCAUUAUAUUACUGCAGUAAAAUUUCAUUUGCCGGACAUAAACGUUGAAUUCGAGACAUACAGCAUCGAAAGUUUCAACUUCCCAGAUAUGGAAAGGAGGGAAUAGGCGUUUCGAUGAAAAAUCUAUGAGAGCGAAAUAUAAAAAUUGUCGUGUGGAAGGCGAUUGACGCGAUUCGUUUGUAUUCAUUUGCUGCAAAAGUGCAUAUUUGGUGUUAUAUAUUUGUAAAAAGUCGAUUUAUUCCAGAAUUCACAUGUUUUGAAUUAUCCAUGGCUCUUUUCAAUGCCUCAAAAGUGACAACUUCCGAUCAAUGUUGUUUCGUUUAAUCCGAACAAAACUUAUUCCAUCAGA